ACAUUUAACCCAUGUGCAUGAAAAAUAAAUAAAAAUAAAUAAAUAAAUGCUAGUUAGGCCUGUGGUCCCAAAUUUUUUGGAGUAUGUACUGCUGGUGCAUUCUCACUGCCUGCCAGCCUCCCCCCUUCAUAUUUCAUCACAGUAGCAAUGAGUUCCACAUCUCCCGUAGUUUCUGCUUCCUCUCUCUCUCUCUCUCUCAACUCUCUGACAAAAAAAACAAAAACAAAAAAUGGUCCAAUCAAAGAAGUACAGAGGUGUCAGGCAACGCCACUGGGGUUCUUGGGUCGCUGAGAUUCGCCAUCCUUUACUGAAGAGGAGGGUGUGGUUGGGCACUUUCGAGACCGCUGAAGAGGCGGCGCGUGCCUACGACGAGGCUGCCAUUCUCAUGAGCGGCCGAAACGCCAAAACAAACUUUCCGAUCACCACCGCCAGCCAAUCCACCGAUGACACGUGCCCAGCAUCGUGGACAGUAAUGUCGUCGGUGUUGAGCACGAAGCUUCGGAAGUGCUGUAAGUCUCCGUCGCCAUCUCUCACUUGCCUGAGGCUUGACCCGGAUAACUCCCACAUCGGAGUUUGGCAAAAGCGGGCCGGGUCACGCUCCGACUCCAACUGGGUCAUGAUGGUGAACCUUGACAACAAAACCGAUCCAGCACCGCCGGAACAGGACCUGCCGGCGGUGGAGAAGACGCCAGAAGAGUCGCGGCCAUUGUUGGCGGCGGAAAUGGGAGAUGGGUUGGGAGAAGAGGAGCGGAUGACUUUGCAAAUGAUAGAGCAGCUCUUGAACAGGAAUUGAUGACCUAGUAUUACCGAUCAAGUGCUCGUAGAUAAUUUUUUUUGAGUCCAUCCAUACGAAUUUUAUCCCAUUGGGAUAUUCGUAAGUAGACGUUGAAAUUGGUCGUCGGUCUAAAUGGUCUGAAUAUGAACAAUCAUAUUAAUAAUUUUAUUAACACAGUUACAAAUUAAUGUGAGUUUCAUAUUUAGUAAUGAUUGAUCUUAUCAAAAUUUGUAGAUGUAUUAAUAAGAUUAUUAGUGAAUAAAUGUAUUAAUAAGAUGGCAGUGGCUUUGGUCCAGUCCAAUGUUAGGCCCGUGGGGACUUAUCACGGGUUCCGUUUUGAUAA